UUAACAGAUAUGAGACAGCUACCGAUAUAGCGUGCUGUAGGAUGUUUAAACAGGAUAUGUAGACAUCUCGCAGACGUUUGUCAGAAGGUGGACUUUUAUUCCGACGUUUUGGUAAGUUAAAUGGGCGCCCCGGAUAUGCUGCGCGGUUUACUACAGCUGAUAAGCAGGCGCUCGUGAGGCGCGGCGCGGUAGGUCCAGUCCUCCUCCUCCUCCUCCAGUCAUGACAAAAUGGCGAGCGGAGUUGGCAGUAAGUAAGUAAUUCUAUGCGGGGUUUGGACCGCUGUGCGACUGCGAUGUGGAGCCUGCGCGAGCUGCGAGUUUUGUGAAAGCUGCGGGGCGGCGGGGGAAGCCCGGUGCGGGUGCGUGUCAGAUGCAGCUGUCUGCGGCCACAUCCCGCAGGAAUCGCCGCCACCACAGAGGAGAAUGACAUUCAUUGGCUGAUCCGCAGGAGACAAGUGAUCCCAAGAUGACAGCGAACGAGCACAAGUUGCUGCUGGGCCCCACUGAACCCUGGUCCAUCAGAGAGAAGCUGUGCCUGGCCUCCUCAGUCAUGAAGAGUGGAGACCAAAACUGGGUAUCUGUCAGUCGUGCCAUUAAACCGUUUGCAGAACCUGGCCGACCUCCAGACUGGUUCUCUCAGAAGCACUGUGCAUCCCAGUAUUCAGAGCUUCUGGAGUGCACUGAAGCCCCAAAGAGGAAGCGAGGUGAGAAGGGAGAGGUAGUGGAGACGGUGGAGGAUGUGAUUGUGCGAAGGCUCACUGCAGAACGGAUCGAGGAGCUGAAAAAGCUUAUCAAAGACACUCAGGAGAAACACAGGAAGCUGAAGAGAGAGGCAGAACUGAUCCAGGCAGGCCACCUGGACUCCAGAUUAGAUGAGUUAUGGGGAGAUAUAGUACAGAACAGAAAGCAAGAAGAGGAGGAGGCUGAGGUGAAGAGAAAGGCGACAGAUGCAGCCUAUCAGGCCAGACAGGCAGUGAGGAACACUCCAAAGCGCUUGUCUGGUGUGACCAUGCGUUCACCCUCUGGAGCUGCCUCUCCGGGCCUGGACUUCACCCUAGGAGACUCAUCUGAAGAUCUGGGCACCGCCGCCCCAGGCGCAGGCUCGGCAGUGUUCACCCCCGUGGCGGAGCUGGCGGGGGCCGGGUUGGUGGAGGUGGGGUUGAGCUCCUUGCUUGAGGACUGCUCAAAUCAAAAGAAGCUCCUGGGUCAGAAAACCACACCACCACCCUCACCAUUGCUGUCUGAGCUGCUGAAGAAGGGCAGUCUGCUCUCCGCCAGCCCCAGACUGGUGGCGGAUGGUGAGGCCCCGACUGGUCAGGUGGCAGGUUGCCAAGAAUCACAGCUUACAGCUUCAGCUCUGCCUGCCUCCCAGGCAGUGACCGGUGCUCCCACGCUGUCUCGUCUGCUGGAAGCUGGCCCCACCCAGUUUCCUUCUCAGCUGGGCUCUUUGGCUCCUGCAGAGUCCGCCUCCCGUGCUGCCCCACCUGCUGCUGCUGUUGCACCUCCUGUGGACACCCCUGCUUCUCUAGAUACAGCAGGAGAGGACGAUGGACACUCCGUCUCAGUGGAGAGUAAAGCGUCAAUGUUGGAGGAAGAAGACUUGGUCACUGUUUCUUACAUGGCGGAUGAGCUGGAUUUGGAGACAGUAGGAGACAUCAUUGCUAUUAUUGAAGACAAGGGUGAUGGGAAUGCCGAGGCUCUCGAUGCAGCAGCCGUAGAAGCAGCUCUGUCUCUUUGUGAGGACACAGGUCACGUGCUGUCGGGUCACUGGGAGGCCGGAUCUUUUAAGCCUGUGGGUCCUGAGUCUUCUAGCACUGUUUGUGCAGAAUCUCUGGUGGUGCCCUCACUGCAUCCAGCACUGGAGGGGAGGGCGGAAGGUGUUGGGGUCAGACAUGAGCCCUGUGGCUCCAGUGAGGGUUGUGGGCAGGGUUACCCCAUGCCCUCCUCCUCCUCUUCCUCCUCCUCUUCCUCUUGCUGCCCCUCUGGAGAGUUAAAGCAUGCUCAGAUGACCGGAGUUCAUUCUGAGCUGAAACCAGAGCCGGGACACACAGGCAAAGAGGAAGGGCAGCACACGGCAUCACCACCUGCUGCAGUCAAGAGUGAGAGUGUUGAAUGGCCACAGUCUCAGAUAGGUUCUCACACAGACAACGAUUCCGCUGCCAGACAGCACUCCAAGAAGGAAGUGAAAGAGGAGGAAGAGGAGGAGGAUGAAGGAGUGAGUGAUGCUGAAGAGGGCAGUGUGUUGGAGGCAAAGGCAGGGUUGGCAGGUGAUGGAGGUGAAGAGUGUGGGGGUGAUGAGGAAGGGGAGGGGGUGGAGGGGUAUCUCUCGGAGGCAGAGGGGGAGACAGAACUGGAGCCUCCGGCCAGUGAAAGUGAAGACGGCUGCAGCAUGCACACGGCCUCCUCCUCCCUACAGCUUCACACCACCGCUGACUCCAUCCCCAGCAGCCCCGCCUCCUCACAGUUCUCUAUAAGCAGUGAGGAUCAGGAGGCAAUCCAAGCACAGAAGAUCUGGAAGAAAGCAAUCAUGCUGGUAUGGCGGGCAGCAGCCAAUCACAGGUACGCUAAUGUCUUCCUUCAGCCAGUGACGGACGACAUCGCCCCAGGUUACCACAGUAUUGUUCACAGGCCCAUGGACCUUUCCACCAUCAAGAAGAACAUUGAAAAUGGACUGAUCCGAACCACAGCAGAGUUUCAGCGCGACAUCAUGCUGAUGUUCCAGAAUGCGGUGAUGUACAACAGCUCGGACCACGACGUCUUCCACAUGGCUGUGGAGAUGCAGAGAGACGUGUUGGAGCAGAUCCAACAGUUUCUGGCCACUCAGCUCAUCAUGCAGACCUCAGAGUCCGGCAUCAGCGCCAAAAGCCUGCGCGGCCGAGAGGCCAACCGCAAGCAGGACCCUAACGACAAGGACAGUGUUCCCAUGGCCUCUCCUGCAUUCCUUCUCUCUCUCUUUGAUGGGGGCACCAGGGGCCGACGCUGUGCUAUAGAGGCUGACCUGAAAAUGAAGAAAUAAUCAAGACCAACCCUGAACUCCAUCCUCUCCAUGUCUUGUGACAGAGCCACAAAAACUGUUACUGUAACUUUGUGUCCCUCAGAACUCUUACUGCUUGUCUCCUUCCUCUCUCCCCACUCCAGGUAAACGUAAGCACUUGCACCCGGUUAAUUUGACUGGAAUUUUGAGAACACGAGAACAUGUACAGCAAGAGGAGCCAUGUGCCAUCUUUGUUUCGGACAGACUGUCCUGCAGUAUGUGUGAUUGUGUCAGGCUUGAACACUAAUGGCACAAGUACGGUGUGUUGUAUGGUGAUAUUUGCUUUGUGUGCAGUUGAUACAUGUGAAAUGUAUGAGUACAAUAAAAUGAUGAUGACUGGG